AGGUGGCCGCGUCGGCUCAGGCCAGGGACCUGUCGCCCUCUCGACCGCCGGGCCCUCGCGAGAUGCUGUGCUCGUCCUCCUCUCGGCCGGCCCGCGAGAUGCCGCGCAGGUGCGGUCCCGUUGUGCUUCUUCGCGCGGCGCCCGUGCUCGGACGCAGCAGCGCGAGACAGUCGAGGGGCGGCGCCAUGAUUUCUGAGGAGCGCAAGGCCCGGAUGGAGUCGCAGGGCUGGAAGGUCGUCGGUGGCCACUCGGCCACGAAGCUGUGCCGCUGGACGAAGUCCAUGCUGCAGGGCCGCGGCGGGUGCUACAAGCACACGUUCUACGGCAUCAACUCGCACCAGUGCAUGGAGCACACUCCCAACGUCUCCUGCGCCAACAAGUGCACGUUCUGCUGGCGCAACCACAUCAAUCCCGUGGCGCUCUCGUGGAAGUUCGACGUGGACGACCCCGAGGCCAUCAUCGAGGAGUCCCUCCGGAAGCACUACGGGAUCAUAGAGCAGCAGUGCCAGUCCCCCAACGCGCUGGAGCACCGCAAGGAGGAGGCGCGCCGCGUGAGGCACUGUGCCCUGUCCCUCGUCGGGGAGCCCGUGGCGUACCCGCGGGUCGCGGAGCUCCUGGCCGGCCUUCACCGCCGGAGGAUCUCCACCUUCCUGGUCACGAACGGGCAGUUCCCGGCGGCGCUCCGGGCGCUCCCCCGGGUCACGCAGCUCUACGUGUCGUGCGACGGCACCGACCGGGAGUCCCUGCGUGCCGUCGGGCGCCCGCUGUUCCGCGACUUCUGGGAGCGGUACUCGGAGGCCCUGGGCAUCCUGAGCCUCCGCCGCGAGCGCACGGUUUGCCGCCUCACGCUGCUGCGGGGCAUCAACAUGGAGGAGCCCGAGGCCAUGGCGGAGCUGCUCGCGAAGGCCUCGCCGGACUUUGUGGAGCUCAAGGGUGCCACGCUGGCGCCCGUGUUCGACAAGAGCGGGCUGAACACGUACAACAUGCCCACCUUCUUGGAGGUCAGGGCUUUCGCGGAGCACCUCGCUGGCCUGCUGCCGGAGUACGGCCUCGCUGCCGAGCACGAGCACUCGAAUGGAGUGCUCUUGGCCUCCCGGCGCUUCUGCGUAGGAGGGCAGUGGAGGACGUGGAUCGACUUCGAGAAGUUCGCAGACCACUGGGACGACGAUGCCCUCGGCGCCAUGGACUACACGGCGCCCACCCCUGCGUGGGCUCUGUACGGGAGCUCGAGCCAGGGAUUCUCGCCUGCAGAGUGCCGGAAGCAGCGGGCGCGGCCUCGUCCGCGGUAUUCGGAGGAGAAGUGGCCCGCGUGGAGAGUGGAGGCUGCUGCGGCGCGCCGCACAUCUGCUCUCGGUCAGCCCAGCGCCCCCCUGGACGAUGGGCCUGCGAGCGCGGGAUAAGAAACAGAUGACGCAGGCCACGCGGGGUAGCAGCGAGUGACGAUGGGUUGGUCGGCCAGCAUCUGACGUGUCCAUGCCGCUGUCUCUGUUCUCCCGUGGGCAUCGCAGCUUCCCGGCCGGCGCGCGACGGCUCCGCCGCCUGCCGGGCCACGGCUCGAGCAGAGCCUGGCGCAGAUGGGGGGAGGCGAGGGCCCCGCGUCUCGGCACGGAGGGUCCAGCACGCCGCUCGUGUGCACGGGGACGCGGAGCAUCGGCGGUGCU